GAGUGAGGUGAUGAUGAGCAAGAACACUCACUGCCACAGCGUUUCUACUCAAACGAUGCCUGAAACCACCGCCAAGAUUCCCAAACUUGUUUCUCCAACCGGCGAUGAAUACCCUUCGUGCCAUUCGUUGCCGGUCUUACCAUACGAUCUGAUAUGGGAGAUCCUCCUUAGGGUUCCGGUGAGAUCCCUUAUCCUGUUCAAGUGCGUCUGCAAGUCAUGGAAAACCCUAAUAUCUGAUCCCCAAUUCGCAAAGGACCACCUUUGCAUUUCAACCGCCGAUCCAAAUAUGACUCAUCAACGAAUAGUCGCCCGCCAUCACCGUGAUAUCCUAUCAUUCUCGGUGCAAUCGCUGCUCCAAAACCCAUCAAAUCCUGCUAAACCUCAUAGCUGGAGGAUGAGUCACAAGUACUGCAUUGUAGGUUCUUGCAAUGGCUUACUUUGUUUGUCUCGUUUUAAACAUGGUUAUUGCAGAUUGAGAUUGUGGAACCCUUGCACCGGAUUGAAAUCCAAAAGAUUGUCGAUCGGCUUUUACCCUGUUGAUAUCACUUUCCAUGGUCUUGGCUAUGAUCAUGUGAAUCACAGGUACAAGUUGCUAGCAGGUGUGGUAGAUUAUUUUGAAACCCAGACCAAAAUAUAUUCCUUUGGUUCGGAUUCCUCUACUUUGAUUCAGAAUCAGAAUUUACCGCGUGAACCCAUCAGGAUGCAAGGGAAAUUUGUGAGUGGCACUCUAAAUUGGAUAAUUGAGAAAGGUACAAGUGAUGAUCAUCAAUGGGUGAUUCUUUCCCUUGAUAUGGUGACGGAGACAUUUGGUGAAGUGUUUCUUCCUAAAUGCGUCGAGGACAGUGAAAAGAUUUGUCAUCCCAUUCUAGGUGUCUCGCGUGACUGUCUUUUUGUUUGUUUCUUAGAUUCGAAGAAAGCUCAUUGGAGUGUGUUGAUGAUGAAGGAGUAUGGAGUUCGAGAUUCUUGGACUAAAUUGUUGAUGACCCCUCACAUUAGUAUCUUCAGAACACAAUAUUUAUAUCCCUUGUUUGAGACCUUGCGCAUUUCAGAAAAUGGGGUUGUUCUCCUGAGAACGCGUACCAAUUUACUUCUGUAUAAUUCCAAUGACGGUUGGUUGGUUUAUCCUAGGAUUAGGCGCAAACUUGGGUUCGACAUGCAUAUUUACCAUGAAAGUUUGGUUUCACCAAAGAGUUAAAAUCCACAUUUGUGGAUAUUCCAUCUUCUUGUGCUUCUACGAUAUCUGAUUAAAAUAAGGCUACUGUAUGUUUCAGAAUUUUUGGGCACUGCAUUAAUUUGAAUGACAGAAUAUU